CUGCCGGGUGGGUGGCACGUAUACGGGCUGCUCAUGGAAGCUAUUGACGGCCCUACGUUGGAGAUGUUGGAUAUCAAAGACCGACCACAGGAGCAACAAAUCGACUUCAUCACGCGGCUUCGUCACGGACUCAGGGCCAUCAGAUUUGCGGGAAUUGAGCAGACGGACUGGCAUCUCAAUCAAAUUCUGUGUCCUCCAGACCCCCGGGAUCCGAGCCUCGCCCCGGACAUUGUGUUCAUUGAUUUUGCUUUUGCUCUGCAGAAUCUUGGCGAGGAGGAGGGAUGCCCCCUCCAUCUUGAUCCGAGAAACCUUGAAAAUGCACUAUAUGAUUGGGGAAUUGACGAAGACAUCAUGAAGUCCUGUUGGUUCGAAGCCACUGAGGAAGAGUACUGA